AUGGCUGUGAAUUUCCUUCGUCUUAAUUUAUCAAAGAGUCCAAUGGUCUACUCAUUUGCACUAUGGAAUGUCUACACACAGAUCUUGAGAUAUACUUGUGAGAAUAAAGAUAACUUAGAAAUUAAUUUUAUUAAUAAACUGCACGAGAGGAGCAAGUUAAAGAAAAUCAAGUCAAAUGAGUUAAUAAUAUCUCGAUUCACUGACAGUUACAAGAUUGAUGAUGAUGUGAGAUUCUACGAUCAAGAGGAGAUUAGGUUGAUACAAUUGAUUAAUAAUAUUAAUGAAAAUACAACACAUGUUAGGUGGAUCAGCCUUAGAAAUGAAUGUAUAAGUCUAUUGUGCUUGAAAGGUAGGCACAACUUUUUUGUCAAAUUUACGAGUGUCCUUGCCAAGAUUGAUCCAAAGUAUUAUGAUGAGAAUCAUGAAUUAUUUAAGUAUUUACAUCAGCUGUCUAUCUGGAGAGACAAUAAAAGCAAGAACACGGAAAUGUUAAUUGAGCACCUCUGUGAACUUUACAUAAAUCACUGUACAAAUGACGAGCUAUUGAAUAAAAUGAAAAUCACCAUUCAGGCUUUAUUGGAGGAGAUUUUAUCGAAGCAUGGCUCAUCUGCUGUGGUUAAUAUCAAAAAUUCCUUUGAGCGAAUUUGCUUUCAAACGGAUAAUUUCGAGGCAUUAUAUUUAUUGUGGAAAAAUUUAUUUGAGAGCUUCUGGUUUUCUGAUCAACAAACAGCGGAGGGACUUAUAGCAAAUCAUUUGGAAAUUAGAAAAAUGCUCGCGUCAAGAUCAAAGCAAUUGUGCUUUGGAUAUUUUCAGAAUAAUAACACUGAUCUAGUCAAUAAAUUAGUUCAGAUAUUCCUCGGAUAUAAGAUGAGGACGAACGUUGUUGAGACAUUAAAGUUAUAUUUGGCUUUUGAAAUUUGGCGAAAAAAUUCAUCCGCAGCAACGCAAAUUGUACAGUUGUUUUUAGAACUUAAUAUACCUCUUAGUGAUAGUGAAAAUAGAAAAUAUCUUGACCUUUUACUAAAACGACAAACUGAAAUUAGGCAACAAGGAAAGAUGUCCGAGAAAAUUGAUGUUGAAAAUUACAAAUUUAAAUUUUAA